AUGGCAUCAGCCGCUGGCAAUACAAAUGGACCAAAAAAACGACAUACGUUUCUUAGUCAUUUUCUCUCCACAAGAAAUUUGUCAAUAUUUCGAAAUAAACCAUCAACAACAGUGAAUAAUACUUUACCUAUUUCAAAAGAAUCUCCCCAUUACAAGUCGCAAAUUAAUAUCAAUACACAACAAACACCAGUACCGAUGUGUAUAGGACGUGGUUGGCUUAAAAAACGUUUAAAACGUCCUGUUUCACUUGAUCUUGAUCUUGUUCAAACAUUAACACAACAUUCACCAAUCAACAACUAUGAAGAAACAGUAGAAGAAUAUCAUCAACUACCAUUAAAUGACAUCGGUACGAUAAUGGAUCGCUUGCCUGCUUUUGUAUAUUUAUCUCUUCAUAGGAAAUAG